UUACCUUCAGGAGAUGGCCUCUUCUAAGUCUUUGAUGAACCUUCUGACCUUCACUUUUGGAUCAGCAAUAGGAUUUUUCGUGUGCUAUCUUCUCUUCAGCAUUAUACUAGAAGAGCAGGUUAAGAUCCAGCCUCACAUCCUUCACAAUGAUCCACAUGGCCAACACUCAGCAGAUACCGAUAACAAUCAGCUGCAAGGGCAGAUGAAUUUCAAUGCAGACUCGGGGCAGCAUAAAGAUGAGAAUAAAAAUGUUGCCGAGGGACUGUAUCAGAAGGUGAAAAUACUGUGUUGGGUCAUGACAGGACCUCAGAAUCUAGAAAAGAAAGCCAAGCAUGUUAAGGCCACUUGGGCCCAACGUUGUAAUAAAAUACUUUUUAUGAGCUCUGAGGAGAAUAAAGACUUCCCAACUGUGGGCCUAGAAACCAAAGAAGGCAGGGACCAACUGUACUGGAAGACUAUUAAAGCUUUUCAAUAUGUGUAUGACCAUUAUUUUGAUGAUGCUGAUUGGUUUAUGAAAGCAGACGAUGAUACAUACGUUAUAUUGGACAAUUUGAGGUGGCUUCUUUCAAAAUACAGUCCUGAACAACCGAUAUACUUUGGAAGGAGGUUUAAGCCUUACGUGAAGCAGGGCUACAUGAGCGGAGGGGCAGGAUAUGUUCUGAGCAAAGAAGCUCUGAAGAGGUUCGUUACUGCAUUUAAAACGAACAAGUGCUCCCACAGUUCCUCUAUUGAAGACCUAGCACUAGGAAAAUGCAUGGAGAUCAUCAAUGUGGAAGCAGGAGACUCUAGGGAUACAAGCGGUAGAGAAACCUUUCAUCCCUUCGUUCCAGAACAUCACUUAAUCCGAGGAUACCUGCCCAAAACAUUCUGGUACUGGAAUUACAAUUAUUACCCUGCUGUAGAGGGUCCCGGAUGCUGCUCCGACCUAGCGGUUUCAUUCCACUACGUUGAUUCCAUCACGAUGUAUCAUUUGGAGUAUUUGAUUUAUCAUCUCCGUCCGUAUGGGUAUUUGUAUCGCUACGAUCCUGAUGCGGCAAAGAAGCCAGAAGAGCAGAGCGAAAACGAAGCACCGGCGGAUAGUCAAAAGCUAAAGCAAAAAAUUUCUGAGAAUUAA